CGUGCGUUAGGGCCAAAAUCGCGCCCAAGGCGACGAGAGCCGCCGCGGCUGGCCUCGGAGGCGCGGUAGGGCUUAGUUGGACGCUUGUGAAGCCGAAACACGCUUGACUAGGCUGCCCAUACGCACAUUAGGGACAGGCUGCCCAGAGGCGCGACCUUGCCAAACGCGUGCCGUGCAGCAGCUGUUGGGGGACACGAUGCAGGUGUCCCCGGCCCCGCGUGGCGGCGCGCCCGAGGCCAGGCCACGCGGUCCGCCCCAGAGGCCGUCGCCGGGAGCUGCGCCCGACGCCGCAUCGCGCGGUCCGCCCCAGAGGCCGACUGGAGCCGCGCCCGACGCCCCAUCGCGCGGGCCGCCCCGGCGGCCGCCGCCCGGCGGCGACGCCACACGACGGAGGCCGCCGCCGCCGAGCAACCCGCCGCCGCGACCACCGGUCGAGGACGACGCGCCGCCGGCCGAGGCCUUCUUCGCGCUCAUCGAGUCGCGCGACGACCCCGGCGCCGGACCGCCGCUGAUAAAACGGCGGCGGACGCGCUGGGCCGCACGCCUCACGUACCUCGGCCUACUAGCCGCACCGGUCGUCUUUAGCAUGAUCAUUUUAAACCGAAAGACGUCGUGGUUCACGGUCGAGGAGCGCAUGCGCUACGACGGCUCCGGCACGUACCCGCGGAAUAUCUACACGCCGAAACAUAUCUCGCAUUGGUACUUCGUGGCCCUCGGCGGCGCCUUCAUCUGGAUCAUGCUCACGCUGCUGGCCGUGCUGCAGUUGGAGCCGGGGCCCGGCGAAAAAGUGGACGAGGGCGAGGACGCGGCCUGGGUGCCCGCGCGCGACGUCAAAAAGAUCGCGCCCUUGCCCUACGAGUCGGACAUGUCCUGCGACGAGUCGGCCCUCUCCGGCGACGACGCCGCGCACCGGAAGUCGUCCGAGUGGGACAAGCGGCAUCGACGGCGGAUAGCGGGCACCAAAGUGCUGCCGACGAGGUAA